CCCACCCCCCGCCCGCGCUGGGAGCCGCAGCCGCCGCCGCUCCUGCUCUCUCUGCGCCGCCGCCGUCACCACCGCCACCGCCACCGGCUGAGUCUGCAGUCCUCGAGGAGAUCCCAGCCAUCAUGUCUAUACAGAAGAUCUGGGCCCGAGAGAUCUUGGACUCCCGUGGGAAUCCCACCGUGGAGGUGGAUCUCCAUACUGCCAAAGGUCUUUUCCGGGCUGCAGUCCCCAGUGGGGCCUCCACUGGCAUCUAUGAGGCCCUGGAGCUAAGGGAUGGGGACAAACAGCGUUACUUAGGCAAAGGUGUCCUGAAGGCUGUGGACCACAUCAACAGCACCAUCGCACCGGCCCUCAUCAGCUCAGGCCUCUCUGUGGUGGAGCAGGAGAAGCUGGACAACCUGAUGCUGGAGUUGGAUGGGACUGAGAACAAAUCCAAGUUUGGGGCCAAUGCCAUCCUGGGUGUGUCCCUGGCCGUGUGCAAGGCUGGGGCAGCCGAGAAGGACUUGCCCCUCUAUCGCCACAUCGCUCAACUGGCUGGGAACUCCGACCUCAUCCUGCCCGUGCCGGCCUUUAAUGUGAUCAACGGUGGCUCUCAUGCUGGGAACAAGUUGGCCAUGCAGGAGUUCAUGAUCCUCCCAGUGGGUGCCGAGAGCUUUCGGGAUGCCAUGCGACUUGGGGCCGAGGUGUACCACACACUCAAGGGGGUCAUCAAGGACAAGUACGGCAAGGAUGCCACUAAUGUGGGGGAUGAAGGCGGCUUUGCCCCCAAUAUCCUGGAGAACAGCGAAGCUUUGGAGCUGGUGAAGGAAGCCAUCGACAAGGCUGGCUACACGGAAAAGAUGGUGAUUGGUAUGGAUGUGGCUGCCUCUGAGUUUUACCGCGAUGGCAAAUACGACUUGGAUUUCAAGUCUCCCGCUGACCCUUCCCGAUGCAUCACUGGGGACCAGCUUGGGGCACUCUACCAGGACUUUGUCCGGAACUAUCCUGUGGUCUCCAUUGAAGACCCAUUCGACCAGGAUGACUGGGCAGCUUGGUCCAAGUUCACAGCCAACGUCGGCAUCCAGAUAGUGGGUGAUGACCUGACGGUGACCAACCCCAAGCGCAUCGAGCGGGCAGUGGAGGAGAAGGCCUGCAACUGUUUGCUGCUCAAGGUCAACCAGAUCGGCUCAGUCACAGAAGCCGUCCAAGCGUGCAAGCUGGCCCAGGAGAAUGGCUGGGGGGUUAUGGUGAGUCAUCGCUCUGGAGAAACGGAGGACACGUUCAUUGCAGACCUCGUAGUGGGACUGUGUACAGGUCAGAUCAAGACUGGUGCCCCAUGCAGAUCUGAACGUCUGGCGAAGUACAACCAGCUCAUGAGGAUUGAAGAGGAGCUGGGGGAGGAGGCUCGCUUCGCGGGACACAACUUCCGGAAUCCCAGUGUGCUGUGACCCCCUGCUUGCCUGAACACCGGAACAUCAUCUCAUUCUCCUGGAGCCUCUUUCUUGCUGUCCCGACCCGCCAUAGUUACCUUGAUACCUGGAGCCCCAAGUCACCCAGAACACCUCGACUCACCUGCUCUGGCUGUUCUUGGCUUCCACAACCCCUUGCUGUCUCUACUCUUCCUCCUCUCUGGGCCCCAUUUUUGGGGGGAUUCCAGUCUGCCCACUUUCCCUUCUAUCCUCUCUAAUCUUAAAAAAAAAAAAAAAAUGACGACUAGAAGAAGCGGGUCCACAGAAGAACCGCCAGCGGCUGACAGGAGCUUCAGGAUUGGUGUGUUGGGGCGUUUAAAGUAGGGCCACGUGGCACGUGUGCGUCCCCACCGUCCAUGGUGUGUUAAGCCUUGAACUAUGCACAGAGCUGGUGUUUGGGGAGUGCUGGAAGUGUGUGUUCACAUUUGUUUGUUUGUUUAUUUAUUUAUUUAUUCACUUAUUUAUUUCUCAGCCUGUCAGUCGUCUGCCAUUACUCUACAGUCUGAAAGCAUCAGUAUUUUCAUGUGGUUCCAUUCCAAGAUGACCUAGGAUGGGAGGUUUUGUUAGCAUGGGAAAGGUCACAGAAAGGGGCCUUAGCAAUGGUUUUUCAUUUGGUGCACUAACUGAAGCUCGGUACUUUACAGAAUGGGGCUGUGUACCCGGGGGACUUUUCUCCUAUAACUCUCUCCCCAGCCCUAGGUUCCUCAGUCUUUUUCUCCGGCUGCACCAGAGCGCUGCCUCACUCCCCCGUGCCAUGUCCCACAGUUGCCACUGUCUCUGUGGCUUUGAAAUGACCACCACCAUUAAAGUCUGAAUCACAGUGCACACCA